GUCGACCGUAUUUGGGCAAUUUGGCAAGAAUUACAAGAAUACAGAAAGAUGCCGUUCGACAAAGCUUACUGUGCCCUUGAUCAAAUGUCUUUGGCUAUGAAACCAUUCACCUGGGAAUCCAAUCCCAAUUUGGCCACCCGAGCUUUGGCCACUCCAAAUAAAUUGUUUGAUUACAAAGGUUUGAAUUACAAAUACGACAACCUCGAGUUCCAUGGAAUGGAUACUGAACAUUUGGAAAUAGAAAUUCAGAAAUUGAAACAGAAAGACCGUGUGUUCGCCACUUUCUUACUCCACGGCAUCAAAACCUCAGCCGACGUCCACCUGAAAUUAUGUGACGACAAGAGUUGUUCAGGAGCUGGUGUUGUGUUCAUUUUGGGUGGAGAAACAGAAAUGCCAUGGCAUUUUGAUAGAACAUAUAAAAUGGACAUCACAAAGGUUCUGAAGGAGAAAGGUAUCGCUAUGGAAUCUCUUUUCCAUCACGACAGUAAAGUACAUUUGGAGAUGGAAAUUAUAACAGUAGAUGGCGCUGUUUUAGACCAGAAUUCUUUGCCUAAACCUUCGUUGGUAUAUUCUCCUGCUAAAGGAUCUGUGCACCAACAUGAUCAUCAUCAUAAGGAAUACGCCGAGGGAACAAUUGUUAGGAAGAACGUUAACAGUUUGACACCGUCAGAGAUUGACAACUUAAGACAUGCUUUAAGUGACGUAAUGGCUGACAAAUCUGAAAACGGUUACCAGAAGAUUGCAGCUUAUCACGGCAUGCCACUUAGCUGUAAAUACCCGAACGGUACGGCAUAUGCUUGCUGCCAACAUGGAAUGGUAACAUUCCCUCACUGGCAUAGACUGUUUGUGAAGCAAAUGGAAGACGCUUUGAAACUGAAAGGUGCCAAAACAGGUAUUCCUUAUUGGGAUUGGACGACACCGUUCACUCAUCUGCCAACAUUGGUCACUGAAGAGACAGACAAUCCGUUUCAUCACGCACAUAUUGAUUCAGCUGAUGAGAUAACGACCAGAGCGCCGCGACACCAACUAUUUGAAGGUCGACAUUUCUUCUACGAUCAAAUUCUGUUUGCACUAGAACAAACUAAUUUCUGCGACUUUGAAAUCCAGUUCGAAAUCUCCCAUAAUGCCAUUCACUCGUGGGUAGGAGGCAACUCUCCUUACAGCAUGUCAACCCUUCAUUACACCUCAUACGAUCCACUCUUUUACUUACAUCAUUCAAACACUGAUCGUAUCUGGGCCAUCUGGCAAGCCUUGCAGAAAUAUCGAGGACUUCCAUAUGAUAGUGCCAACUGCGAAAUCCACAGGCUUAAAAGACCUCUCAAUCCCUUCAGUUCCGAUGCCAACCACAACGAGCAAACCAAAACUCAUUCGACUGGAGAAUCAUCUUUCGAUUAUCACAAAUUACACUACGACUAUGAUAACCUCAUCUUCCAUGGUAUGACGAUUCCACAGUUGGAAACAGAAUUAAUGAAAUCCAAAAAGAAAGACCGAGUCUAUGCUGGUUUCUUAUUGCGUACCAUUGGACAAUCUGCUGAUGUCGAGUUCGAAGUAUGUCGCAAAGAUGGAGAAUGCAAAUUUGCAGGCACGUUUUGCAUUUUAGGCGGCGAGCACGAGAUGUUCUGGGCGUUUGAUCGUCUCUAUAAAUACGACAUAACCAGCACUUUAGAACAGCUCCGUCUCCAUGCUCACGAUCAGUUCAGUAUGAAAGUCUCUAUAAAGGGUACUGAUGGAAGUACCCGAGCUUCCAGCCUGAUACCACCACCAAGUAUCAUGUACCAUCCAGCUGCAGGUCAGUCAUCUUACAUUUGACCAUUUUUAUUCUUU